GCGGGCGGUGGCGGCUCCGGUGGCUGUUCCGCGGGCGCGCGGCGCUGCCGGUGACAGCGCGGCCAUGCUGCGCAACGGGGCGGCGGGCGGCGGCCCCGCGGCGGGCGGCAGGGCUGCGGCGCGGCCUGUGCGCGUCUGGUGCGACGGAUGCUAUGACAUGGUGCACUACGGGCACUCGAACCAGCUGCGCCAGGCGCGGACCAUGGGCGAUUACCUGAUCGUCGGGGUGCACACGGACGAGGAGAUUGCCAAGCACAAGGGCCCCCCUGUCUUUACGCAGGAGGAGAGGUACAAAAUGGUGCAAGCCAUUAAGUGGGUGGAUGAGAUUGCUCCAGGAGCUCCCUAUGUCACCACACUGGAAACUCUGGACAAAUACAACUGUGACUUCUGUGUGCACGGUGAUGACAUCACCCUCACGAUAGAUGGCAAGGAUACCUAUGAGGAGGUGAAGGCUGCGGGGCGAUACAGGGAAUGCAAACGCACCCAAGGUGUGUCCACCACUGACCUCGUUGGCCGCAUGCUGCUCAUGACUAAAGCUCACCACAGCAACAUAGAUGAGGACCUAGACUAUCGGAAGCACACUGACAACUUUGGGAAGGGACCAAAGGGUCACAGUCCUUGGACAGGUGUCUCGCAGUUCCUGCAGACAUCUCAGAAGAUCAUCCAGUUUGCAUCAGGGAAGGAACCACAGCCCGGAGACACCAUCAUCUAUGUGGCUGGAGCCUUUGACCUGUUCCAUAUUGGGCACGUAGAUUUCCUGGAGAAGGUUCACCAGCUGGCAGAGAAACCCUACAUCAUCGCUGGGCUGCACUUUGAUCAGGAAGUAAAUCGCUACAAAGGGAAGAACUAUCCCAUCAUGAACAUCCAUGAGAGAACACUCAGCGUGUUGGCCUGCAGGUAUGUCUCAGAAGUGGUGAUUGGAGCCCCCUAUGCUGUCACUGCUGACCUGCUGGAUCACUUCAGGGUAACACUUGUGUGUCAUGGGAUGACGGAGGUGGUGCCGGACAAGGAUGGUUCUGACCCGUACGAGGAACCGAAGAGACGUGGCAUUUUCCAGCUUGUGGACAGUGGCAGCAACCUCACCACAGAUCUCAUUGUGCAGAGGAUCAUCAAGAACAGGCUGGAGUUUGAAGCUAGGAACCAGAAGAAGGAAGCAAAAGAGCUGGCUGUGCUGGAGGCCAUGAGGAGACUGGAAGAGGAGAAGCACUAGGCCAGCAGAGAGCUGGUGUGUGGGUCACAGAUCACCGCAACCUCACCUCUUGAGAGCAGACAAGCUCUUGGAGGGGACCCCUGGACAGGGACCUCGCUGCUGGUGCGCAGGGUGUGCUGUCUGCCCUCUCCUGGCCUAGCUCCUCCUCCAGUAACUGCAGCCAGUAAGGCCGGAACUUGCUGCUGCCGCCUGGUUUCUCCUCCAUCAGCCCCUUCCCAGGGGAGAUACGACAGAGAAAAAAAAAAGUUUUAAAGGUUUUAAUUCUAA